AGAGAUUAACUUCAGUGAGAUUGCUAACCCUCUAACCUUUCUAACUUUGUUUAUGCCCCUUCUUGUUUGGGAUAUUACCAGGAGUGCCGUCAUAUCUCGUUGGAUGAUAUGCCGAAUCCUGGCCUCAUCUAACCCAUACUCACGCUCCGGUCAUCUUGUUACAUGUACUAACACCUAGGUCUUCUUACUAAAGUUGGUUUACUUAUCGGCCCUCGUGGCAACACACUCAAGAAAAUGGAAACAGAAUCGGGAGCUAAGAUUGCCAUCCGCGGUAAAGGUUCCGUGAAAGAAGGCAAAGGUCGGUCCGACGCCGCCCACGCUAGCAACCAGGAGGAAGAUCUCCAUUGUUUGAUCAUGGCGGACACUGAGGAGAAGGUCAACAAGGCGAAGAAGUUGAUUCAUAAUGUUAUCGAGACUGCUGCCUCCAUUCCUGAGGGACAAAACGAGCUCAAGAGAAACCAACUCCGAGAACUUGCCACAUUGAACGGUACUCUGCGUGACGACGAGAACCAGGCCUGUCAAAACUGUGGCCAAAUCGGCCAUCGCAAGUAUGAUUGUCCCGAGAAGCAGAACUUCACGGCCAACAUUAUCUGCCGAGUUUGUGGCAACGCCGGCCACAUGGCUCGAGAUUGUCCCGGAGAUGCUGUCGAUCGUGAAUACGAGCAAUUCAUGCAAGAACUCGGAGGCGGUUCCAGUGGUCCGCCAGCUCGCAUCGAAGCUGGUCCCGGUUCUUACAACAACGGUGCCGGAGAUGCGAAGCCUUGGCAACGAGGUCCGACAGGUGCUGCUGCUCCUUGGCGCUCACGUAACAACGAUCAGGGCAAUGAGGGCGGUGGCGGUGGUUCGGCUCCUUGGCGCGAACGUCAUCGUAGCAAUGAUAACCACGGUGGUGAUUACUAUGGUGGCCAAGGUCAAAGCUACAACGGUGGUUCUUCGGCUCCUGGUGCGGCACCUUGGCAUCAAGCUCCCGCUGGACAGCCGCAAUAUCCCAACUACCCCGGAUACUCUGGCUAUGGCGCAGCUCCGGGUAUGGGACCACCUCCCGGUCUUGCACCUCCUGGUGGGUUGGGUGCUCCUCCCGGACUUCCAGCUGGGAACAUCAACGCUUUAAUCCAGCAGUAUGCAAAUGGUUCUGCACCACCUCCUCCCCCUCCACCUUCUGGCGAGGCUCCUCCACCCCCUCCUGGUGAUCAACCACCGCCUCCUCCUCCCGGUGCUUAAGCGUGGGAGGUUUGUGGACCGACUAGGUCGUUUCGAUACUAACCCGCUUGGCUUGACAAUUUCAUGUCAUGUUCAAGCUAUUUUGCGCUACUAACGAUUUCGCUACUGCGUAUUGAUUCUGACCUUAGGACUGAUCGUUUCUUCACGCGCUACUUCGAGCUAGUACUGAUUUCUAAUUCGUAUGCGACCUUGAGGAAGGCAUACAUGCAAUCCAACGACAUCGCAAGUAAGGUGGUACUAAGUGUGUAUUAUAGGACUAAUAAUCCAUAGAUAGCAAUACGGAUGCUUUUGAUGUAUUUCCUGUUCGUUAAUUGGGAUGUGAUAGUUUUUCUCAGGUGAUGAUUCUACUUUAUAAAUAAUUGCACUCAUUGAAUUAAAUUCUUAAAAUAAAC